AAUCUUACAUUAAACAAGAAAACACCAUUAUCUCAUUAUGUAACUGUCAGAACUAAUGGAAUUCGCAGACAAAUUGCAGGAAUUAUUGGCAUUAAACUAGCAGGAGUUGUUAAAUUGGCCUUGAUAAGACAAAAAAAUGAAAGACUGCAGAUAUUAUUGAAGAAUAAUAACAGAUAUGUGUAA